AGUCCGAAAUGCGCGCGCGUGCCAUCAUUAUCAUUUUUAGCAUCUGCUGCAGCUGCUGUUGCAGCGAUCAAUCCUUGGUUUCUGCUGCUAGGCUGCGACGCCAGGUGGUGCAGCCGGUGUGGCUAAUGCGGCCCGAUUUGCUGCCCUCUGCGCAGGCGGCCAAGGUGAAUGUGACGCCGCAAAAGCUGGAGGAAGUUGCUGCCCUGCGGGCCACCAUUCAAAAGGCGGUCAACGAUGGCACCUACGUGGUGGCCGCUAGUCCACAACAGUUCAUAUCAAGUUUGGGUCAACCCACAAAUCCUCUAGCAGCUGGAGCACAAUUUCCAAUGCCUGUGCUGCCAGCUUUUCCGACUUGGCUGCGACCGGGUUAGGCAUGCAGUUCGAUAUAUCCGAGGGUCUGCGCGGUUCGUUGCGAUCGUUAGCGAUCGAAGAGACGGGGCAGCUUUAAAAGACGACGCG